UUUUUUUUUUUUUAAAAUGAAAACAAAAACAGAAAAAGGAAGAGUUAGAAUUUGCUUUCUCUUUCUCGAUCCCUCUCUCUCAAAAUCGCUGUUCCUCUCUCACCCACCGCCACCGGCCGCCGCUCUCAAUCCCUCUCUCACUGCUCUCAAUCUCUCUCCCUCACCUCGCCGUAACGCCGUUCAAUCUUCCGCCGAAGCCGCACCACUGCUCAGCUCACCGCGCCGCACCACACCACACCGCACCGCACUCACUCUUUCUCUUCGUCUCGUUUCAGGCUCUCUAAUAUUACUGCAUACCCAGACACGCUGCUUCUUCCUCUUCUCUUCAAUUGAAACUUGAAACCCUUUCUUGCAAGAUGCAGGCGAGUGAUAGGUUUAACAUCAAUUCACAACUUGAGCAUCUUCAAGCUAAAUAUGUUGGAACUGGUCAUGCUGAUAUGAACAGAUUUGAAUGGGCAGUUAACAUUCAGCGUGAUAGCUAUGCUGCAUACAUCGGUCACUAUCCUUUACUUUCAUAUUUUUCGAUUGCUGAGAAUGAAUCUAUUGGAAGACAACGCUAUACCUUCAUGCAGAAAAUGCUCCUGCCUUGUGGUCUGCCUCCAGAAAGGGAAGAAGAUUAAAAAUUUGUCGUCCAGAUUACAAAUGGCUCAUCCUGGUUUAUCGCGCUUGACAAUGUUAUAAUGUUAUAGUGUUUCAUUUCGAUUAAGGAACCUAUGUGACCUUGAUUGGAGAUUACAGUAUCAUUUGUUUUUGACAUGUAAACGCUUUAGAUAUUAUGGAGCUUGAGAAGUUAGAUUGUGAGAUGUCAAAAUUAGCCUCUUUUUUUCCAAGUUGUGUUGAUGUUUCUUGAAUGAUGGCCCUUUUAAGAUGAAUGUACUUGUGUUUUGCUGCAUCCAUAAAAAUGUGAUUCUUAUUGUGACUUA